AUGGCAGGGAAAACUCCAUCUGAAGUAUGUGCUAACCUUAUUUAUUAUUCCUAUUUAAUUUUUAAUAAAAUUAUUAUUUUUUAUUUAGAAAAGACUUCAUAAAGAAUUAAUAUCGCUUAUUAAAGAACCACCUCCAGGAAUGGUUGUAGAUGCUGAUCAAGCUGAACAAAAUCUCAAUAUGUUAGUAGACAAGUUUUACUUUGUUGGCUUAAAGACAUAUUAAAUAUUAAUUAAAGAAUAAUGUACUAUUAAAUAAUGAAAGUUCCCUAAAUAAUAUAAUAUUUUCAAUUUAAAGUUGAAUAAUUAAUAUAUAUAUAAGAAAUUAAAUUUUUUAUUUUAUUACCUAUCACUAAUUUACAAUUCAAUUUAUUAUUUUAAAAACAACUAAGCAAAUAAGUAUAUUAUUGAACCAUUUAAAUUGUUUAAAUUGAUUAAUUGUAAUUUUUCAUCAAAUUAAUCAAUUAGAUUAUUAAUAUUAACAGAAUUUUAGUAGAACAAAAUGUGUUAUCUAUAUUAUUCAAUUAAUAAUAACUUGAGUAUAUGAAUUUGAUACUCACUUAAAACAGUCAAAUUAUGUAUAAGUAUUUGAAAUAAUACAUUUUUGUGUAUGUAAAGUGAGCAGCUCAAUAAAAUAAAUGAUACCUAUAUAGAAAAAGUAUAAUAUAAAUUGUAUGAAUUGUAUUGGUUUUCUAAUAUCAGUUGUCAGUUUCUUACACAUGCACAUUAAAUAUUUGUCUAUUAUAAUGAUUAAAUUCAAAAUUUUUACAUGAGAAAAAAUUGUUUUCCUGUAUUAUCAUGUUUAGACUUUUGGUAAACAAUUUGUUUGAUUGUUUAAUGCAACAAACCUUUUAAUUAAUCUGAUAUAGAAUAAUAUUUUGUAGUUGGACUAUACAUAUGCAAGGUGCUGAAGGUACUUUAUAUGAUGGAGAACAAUUCCAGUUGCAAUUUAAAUUUGGUUCCAGUUAUCCGUUUGAGUCGCCUGAAGUAAUUAUUUUUAUUGCAUAACUUAAAUUAUGUUAUUUUGGAUAUUUUAUUAAAUAAUUGUUUAUUAUUAUUUUCACUCAGGUUACAUUUGUGGGCCAUAACAUUCCAGUUCACCCACAUGUAUACAGUAAUGGACAUAUUUGUUUAUCUAUUCUUACUGAUGAUUGGUCUCCUGCUUUAUCAGUGCAAUCUGUUUGUCUAUCAAUUAUAUCCAUGUUAAGUAGCUGCAAAGAAAAAGUAAUUUAAUAAAAAAUAUAUUUUAGAGUACCAUUCUGGUGUAGAAUCUUAAUAUAAUAGAAUUUAUAUUAGUAACUUAGUAAAUCCUGAUGCACUCUUAAACAGUUAAUAUUUCAGGGUUGGUUUUUUUUUGUUUUUUACAAAUUUGAGGUUAAAUUUUUAAGACAAAUAAAUAAAACAGAAUAUCAAAAAGUCAACAAGGUGAAAAAAAAAACAAUAAAUUAAAUACCUAAUAUUAUUUUAUUUAUUAUUAAAAUCAUGGACUUUUGUUUUUUUAUUAUUUUAAAGUAAUCUACAAUAUAUACAGUUUUGUACAAUAAGUAGGUUUGGUGGAAGACAGAAAAAUAUAAUUAACGGUGAAUCUUAAGAUUGGGGAGGUUACCCAGUGGAAACCCCCAUCAAAGUGAUAGUGAGAAAUGCAUAGAAAAAUGUAUAUAUAUAUAUAAAGAAUAAAAAAUAAAUAUAAAGGGUAUUAGGAUUAGGGAGGUGUUACCAGUGGUAGUACCCAGUACUUAUGUCAUUUAGCAGACUAAAGAAGGUGGUCCUUCAAGAGUGAAACCAAGGUAUUUUACUUCUGAGCAAAUAGAGAUUAGAAUGUUGUUCAUUGUGAUUUGAGGUCAUGUUACUUUUUAAAGGUGUUUGUUAUGAAGAAGGACCUGAAUUCAUUAAUUUUGAAUUUCCACCUUCUUGUCCUGAGAUGAAUUGUGUUGGGGUGUCUUUGUAUUAUAUUAAUUACUAAAACUGGAUUUUCAUUAGAAGCCAUAAUUGCUGUAUUAACCUCACAGGAACCGAGUUCAAUAAAAGAGAUUUUAAGGAUGUCAUAGAUAAAUAUGUUUUAAAGAAAAGGUGCAAUAUCACUGCUUUAGGGGACUCCUGCUGAUAUGUUGAAGUAAUUCAAGUAACUAGAAUUCUGACGUAUGAUGAAAGUAUGUUUACUCGGGUACAAUUUUAACUGUAGAAAAUACCGAGCAGGCAGGCAUUAUUUCAGUUUGAAUAGUAAACCAUCAUUCCACACCCUAUCGAACGCGCCUGUGCUAUGUUCAGGAAGAUGUCAGGUGCAGUAAUGUUUUUUUUCUAAUGAUGAAAUAUUGUCAACUAUUUUGUGGAGUCAGUGGAUGGUCAAGUGAUUUGGUUUGAAACCAAAUUGUGUAUCAGGGAUAAUUUUUGCUGUGAUAGCCAGAGGAAUGAGCCUUUUUAGUAGUAAUUUUUUGAAUAUUUUGGAUAGUUGGUAGUAAGCUUAUAAGGUUGUAUGAGUUUGCCUUAUCGGGAGGCUUAUUGGGUUUUGGAAUUAUUAUUAUUUCAGAAAAUGUGGAGGUAGCGGUCAUCACAUCUUAGAGGACUUUUAGUAUGUUACCAAGUACCCUUCAAUAAAGAUGUAUAUCAAAAUUCAGCUUUCCUGAUUUUUUUUUCACUAUUUGUCAAAAUUGAGUCUUAAUUUGCCUGGAUUAUAAAUAGAAGCUUUUCUGAUGCCUAAUUUUUUGAUAAUAAAUUUUAUUUCUCCGGGGCUAGUGUGUUUAGCCAGGGAAAAUCGUGGACUUAAAGUCAAAUUACAUUACAUGACAGUUAAUGUACAGAUUAAAGAAAAAAUAAAGUAACAAUAAUAUUAUAAUUAAUUAUAAAGGGAAAAAAUAAAGAAAAAGGAAAACAGCAACUAAAGAGGUUUUACAUUAAAAAUAUAUCUAUUUUAUGAUGCAAUAUAUUCCCAAGAGAGAAAAAUAUAAAAAUUUGGAAUAAUAACACAUAAUUUUAUGAAUAAAAUAGAAUAUGAAAUAAACAAGUAUUGUGUGUAUUAAGAGUAUCUUAAAUUUAAUAUGACUUAAUAAAAAUGAUAAGAUAACAUGAUUUCUGGAAAAAAAAUUCCCUUACCAUCAAAAGUAUAAAAUAUAAUGUACAAAUGGUUCAUGGUAUAAGGAUUUUUGGAAACUAAAACUAUAGUUACCAUGUAACUAAAAUUUUACUUCCCUUAAAAAGAUGGUGUAGUUAGGUAUAUUCAACAAAUUAUUUUUCAGGACAUUUUCUUUAUAAAAUGUAAUGUUUGUUCUUUUGUUUGUAAUCUAUGAUUUGCAUGUGGUUUUUUGAAAAUGAUCUGUGUUGUCUGAAAAAGGUUUAAAGUUAUUCUCACUAACCCCACUCCCCCCCAGUUUCUAAGUAUUUUUGUUGAUUUGUGGGUUACCUUGAUAAUACAGAUAUUAUAAUCACAUUAUAUAUUAGAUCUGCGGUUCCUAAACUUUUUGUUUCUCAUGUACCUAAAAGUAAAAGAAAAUAAGUGUGCCUCCCAUAAAUAAAUUAAUAAAUAAUAAUAAUUUACAAAUUUGUUUUAUUUAAGUAUUUCAUCAUUUUUAUUUUUAUGACAAAGUUAAUAUUAUUUUAAUUAAUUAAUUCAAAAAAAGUAAUUUGUAUUAUGGAUGUGCACACCAAAAGAGUUAAAAACUGACAUUUAUCAUCUUGCAAAAAUGAAAUUCAAAUCCAAGGUCAUCCAAUGAUGUAUAACAAACUGCAUACAAAGCAUUGAACUUACAAUUUAAAAAUGUGUUUGACACAGUUUGUUAAAGGUUAAAAAAAACUAAUAAACCAAAUAGACAAUGGCUGCAUUCUAACCAUUGUCUAUUUCAACCAUAGUUCUUGUACAUUAAAAUAAAUAAAUAAACAUUAUUAGUUAUUAUUUUAAUCCAUUGUGGUUUAUUUUAUAAAUAAAUAAUGAUUAUAUAAUUAAAUACAUUCAAAUAAUUAUGUAAAUUUACAGAAAAGACCUCCAGAUAAUGGUUUUUAUGUAAAAACUUGCAACAAAAAUCCAAAAAAGACAAAAUGGUGGUAUCAUGGUAAGUAAAACAAUAUAGUGAUUUGUUUGGUAGUAUACUUAAACUUUUUUUUUUUCAGAUGACAAAGUAUAAAAUUUUGGACACAUUAUCUUUUUACUAUAUAUUUUCAUUAGUGAAAAGUUGUGAUUUUAUUACUAUUGAUGAUGAAAUUAAAUGUGAUUCUAUAUAAUCACUUACCUAAUUGAAAUAUUAUUAAUUAGAUACAGGAAUUGUUUAUUCUGCAUUUGUUUAUUAUUGAUUGACAUCCAACUAUUUGUACACUAAUGAAAAUAAAAUGUACCCGGUCUUAAGUUAAGAUUAGUUUAUUUACAGUGACGAGCACAGAAGGGGACUUUAAGGGUUGUACCCCUCCCCUAAUUUUGCUUAAAAAAAAUACAACAACUAUGAGUAUGUAUUCAGUCAUUUUUAAUUGAAAUUAUGUAAUUCAGCCAAGUUAUAAAGAAAAAGGCUUGAUUUAUUAAAUACAAAUAGCUUCUUAAUUCUCAUUGUCAAGGUAUUAAAACUUAAUAUUCUAAGAUUUAUUCCUGAAUUAUAGUAAUUAUUUACAUCUUCUUUCACUGAAAACUCUUGGACACACCAUUAUAAAUUUAAACCCUGCAUAGUAAUUCAAAUAGAACUUAAAAACAAUAGUAUAAAAAGAUUUAUUUGUAAAAAAAAAAAUAAUUAGAAAAUUGUAAAACUAUUUUAUGUAUAAUUAACAAAAAAAACUAUUGAUACAUUUUUAAUUUUCUAAUUAAUUUAAACAAAUUCCUUGAUUUAUUACACCUAUAUUAAUAUCAAUAUCAUUAAGUAUAUUAUUUGAAAUUACUAUUUUUAUUUGUGGAUUUAUAUGUAUUUAUUUAAUUCAUAUUAAAGUAUGUAUUAUAUAUUAUAGUAUCAAGAAAUUCGCUAACGCAAACUGGUGUGCAAUACUAUACCGUUUAAUAUGAUUCUGAUUCAUGACUUUGGUCCGUGUUGAUCUAUACCGGUUUAGAUAGAAAUUCGGUAAAUAGAUCGGUUUACCCCUCCCAUAAAUUAUAUUUCAGAAAUGUACAUUUCCGUCUUUUUAUAUUAUCUAAGUUAACUAACAUUAAACAAAAAAUUAAAAUUUGUAAGAAACACAAUUUUCUUAAUCCAUUAAUCCUUUAGGUAUAUGAAUUUAUAAUAAGUUUUUAAACUUGUAACUAUUAUAACAUUUUUAAAUUGGACGAUUUAAAAAUGAAACUAUUUAAAUAAUUUAUUUUGAGCAAAAAUCGUAUAACAAAUCUUAUAGUUCAAAUAUUUCCUGGUAGAAAAAGUAAGAACAUUUUAUUAAAUUGAAUUAAAAUAUAUUCCAAUAAGAAAUUAACUAUACUACAUAAUACAUAUUACAUGGUAGGCAUUUAAUUUAUUAUUAGAACUUCCUACAUCGUUGAUAUUAUAUGAUACUACUUCAUAUUCUAUAAUAAAUAAUAACAUAGGCAUUUAAAGUAAAAAUGUAUAAAUUAAGUUGUACGUUAGAAUUUUAGUAGCAUAGAAAAAAGAUCUGUAAUAGUUGUAUAAGCUUGUAGUAGUUUUAAAUUUAAACAGCUGUGAUAACAGACAAUGUUGACGUGAUAAUAAAUUUAAUUAGAGGAAGUAUCAAUUUUAUGAGAGGGACGAAUCAUGAUCGGUAUUUUUCGACCACCUCGUUUUCAUGGUCGAAAAAAAGUAAACCGGUGUGCCUCAUUAAAUUGGCUUAAUACAGCGAAUUUCUUAAAAUUACACCGGUUUACUAUUUAAGGGGAAAUAUAAAUCGAUUUGCGCUGUCGAAUUUCUUGUAUAUUUAAUCUUUGACAUUACAUAUCUAUCUAUCUCUUAGUUCUAAGGUUAUUGUGUGGUAUAAAUAGUCAUGUUUUUGCGGUAAGAUUACGAUUAAUGAAUAUUUUCUGCUAAAAUACGGUAUCAAAGGUAUAUUCUGAGAUAUUUUCGGCUUAAUUAUUUUUCGACUAAAAUACGUUUCGGUUUAAAUAUUUUCUAUUCAAACAUUUUUCGUACCUAUAUUAGCUAUAAUCUACUUUCGUAUUUAUUACUUUUUGGAUAAAAUACGUUUCUAUUAAAAUAUUUUUCGGAUACUAUAUUUACGGACAUUAUAUAGCUCUUUAUGACGAUAUCUAUAACCCGUACACAUAUUAAUAUUAAUAUUGUGUGUAAUGUCUAUGCUAUAACCGUAUAGUAUAGAACUUAGAUAAUAUGUCUAUUGUAUAUUUUUAUAAACCUAGUUUAUUAAACCAUGAUUAAAGAUAUAUUAAGAUAUAUUAUAUAGAUAUUUGACAUGAAUCUUGAUCCGUGAUAUCUUAAAUCGUGGUUAAUGGUUUGAUACAUGUUAUCACAGGAUAACGUGAUAUUCAUAGAUAAUACAUGUACUAUGGUGAUAUUAAAAAAUAAAAAUUAUGUUCAAUAUUAUUUUAAAAGUAAGAUUAUCUAUAAUGUACAGAACCGAGAAGGUGUAAUCGAAUAAAUCGAUUUAUUAUUUUAUGUUUAUUUCAAAUGUAUGUAAAUUCAUUUUUUUCAUAAUAUUAUAGUGACCAUAAUUUUAUUAAUUAUGGCAGGCGCAAUAGUUGUGAAAGCCAAUACUGAACGCAAAGUGUUUAGACCAUCGUCUAAAGUGUUGAAUAGAAUACCAGAUGAAAUUACCAAUGAUCCAGACUUGAAAGCUGCUAUGGAAUCAUUACCAUCAAAUUACAAUUUUGAAUUGCCAAAGACUAUAUGGCGCCUACGACAAAUGCAAGCCAAACGAGUUGCUUUACAAAUGCCUGAAGGCCUGACUAUGUUUGCUGUGCAAUUGUGUGACAUUAUUGAACAAUUUACUCAAGCAGAUACAGUAAUAAUGGGUGACGUUACUUAUGGUGCUUGUUGUGUUGAUGAUUUUACUGCAAAAGCACUUGGUGUUGAUUUAUUAGUACAUUAUGGACAUAGUUGUCUAGUCCCUGUUGAUCAAACUGAAGGAGUUAAAGUAUUAUAUAUUUUUGUAGACAUCAAAAUUGAUGCUAUCCACUUAAUUGAAACUGUAAAAUUGAACUUUGAUAAACAGCAGAGACUAUUAUUUAUAAGUACAGUUCAGUUUGUUACCACUUUGCAGGGUUUGAUAAAUCGAUUAAGAACAGACGGGUUAGUAAGUGUUAAUUGGUAAUAGGAUAAAAAAGACAAAAAAUAAGCUAUACUUUCAAUUUUUUUUUUUAUACAAUAUUUUUGUGCUAAAACAAUUUAAUACAAUGUAUUACUAUUUAUUUUACAAUUUCAUUGGUAUGAAAAAAAUUACAAUAAUAGGUUAAAUUGAUAAUUAAAAUAAGUAUAUAUUGUUUAUGUAACAGCUGUCAAAAAACCAUCUAUGGUCUGUUCUUUUACAUUACUACACAAAUAAUUUUGCCUCCAUAUUUUUAAUUUUUUUGGAGGAUUUAAAAUAUCUACUGUGUAUUACCUAUGUUUUUUCAUCUGAAAACAACUCUAACCUAAUUUUUUUAAUUAAUAUCUAAACAAAAGGGUUAUUGUGGUCAACUUAUUUUGAAAAAUGAUAGUUCUUCUCUUCUAUUUGGUUGUUGGAUUGAUGUCCAUUGUCAAUUUUUUGGACAUUCUACCUUGAUGAAUAUAUAUGUAUACGAACGUAUAUAUGUAUAUAUGUGUAUAUAUGUAGAUAUAAUGGUAGAAUAUUUAAUCUGUUGCCUUCGGUAGGCGGUGACAUAAUUGUUCUUCAAAAAUCCCCAUUCCCUUUAAAUAUUUUAUUACGCUUAACUAUUAAAUUUUUUAUAUAAUAUACUGAAAUUAUUAUUAUUUCUAUAUAUACCUAUUUAAAAUAUAGGUAUGGCAUAUUAUGUGAUAUGUAUGUACAAUAGGUGAAUUAUUUUCUUAGAGUUCUUUGAUUACCUAAUAAAAUCCUCUAUUCACUCAUUUAAAUUCUAUGUAAUAAUUUUAAAAUUUACAAAACUAUCCUUAUUAGUUUAGCUGUCACUUAACUUCAUUUUUAGUUUUAUACAUUAAAAUUGUUAAAAUAUUAUUGUAAUUUUUAUGUGUAGGUAUCUUGAUUGUUGUCUUCUUUGCAUUCUUAUAUUCUGUAAAUGGCUACUGUCCAUUGAUCACUCAAUAAAUAAAAAUUAAGUAAUUUACAAGUUGACUUAAAAUUUAUGUUAGCCAUUUUAUUAUGAAAAUAUGCAAAAUAGAGAAAAAAGUAUAACAUAUACAUUUUUCAAAUUAUAAACAUCUAAAAUAAUUUGUAAAUUAAUUUUUUUUUAUGUUAUUAUUUUUUAAUCACCCCUCCAGCCAAAAGGCACACUAAACCAUUUACUCACUGUGAUGCAUUUCUUGCAUCAUAGUUUCAGCAUGAUAGAGUAAAAUGCUACACUGCACGUGAAACAAUAAACUUACUGCAUGAAAAAUUCCCAGGGCGAAUUCUCUCAAAAGGUGGUGACCAGAAUUGACCAGCACAAUCCUGUGACUUGACUCGUUGUGAUUUAUUUUUAUGGGGGUUCAUCAAGUCAAUAGUGUAUAAAAACAAAUCUCAAAACACAACCCAGCUCAAGCAAGAAAUUUGUCUAGCGAUUGAAAGCCUUGAUGUGGAACUCUACAGAAGAGUAAUUGUGAAUUUUACUGAAAGAGUACAUGUAUGCAGACACAAUAGCUGUGCUCAUUUGCCAGAUAUUGUUUUUUAUUCUUAAAUGAGAAGAAAAACUGAUUUAAAUUGUAUGAUUUUUUAACUCAAUUUAUUGUUUUUUAAUUAAGUUAUUGUUUUAAAUCUGGCGCUAAUCGUCCAUUAUUUAUGGUAUUUUAAAUAUAGGUUCCCAUUUUAAUUUCAGAAGUUAACCCUAAAAAAGAGUAAAAAAAUAAAACGCACAAAUUGUUUUAAAGGUUUAUAAAUCAAACUUCAGUAUCAUAUACAAUUUUUUAUUUUAAAUAUUUACAUGAUAAAAUGCCUGUAACAUAAAUUCUGAGUCAUACUUUAUAAAAGAGUGUUUUUUUUUUUAUAAAUUUGUAUUACCUAUUAUUAUAAUUUUAUAUAAGUGUACUACUUACUCGUAGUAAUGAAAAAUGGUAUAAAAAAAAUGUAAGUUAGACACAACCUGUGUAACUUAUUUUCUAUCUUUUUUAGCUAUGGCAUGUUCUUUAAAUUACUAAUACAUUUAAAUAUUAAUUUUAUUUGUUUAGUUAUAGUGUAAAAGUUCCUCAAGAAAAGCCAUUAUCUCCUGGAGAAAUUUUAGGAUGUACAUCACCUAAAGUUUCAGAUGCUGAUUGUUUGAUAUAUUUAGGCGAUGGUCGUUUUCAUUUAGAAUCAAUUAUGAUAGCUAAUCCUAACCUUUUGGCAUACAGGUAAAUGACAUUUAUAAUAUUUGAAAUUCAUUGUCUUCAGUUGUUAUAGAUAUUAAAUAUUCCCUUGAAAGUUAUAUUUUUUUCACUGUUGAUUUUGAAACUUUAUUUUAAAAUAACUAAUGAAUUUAAAAAAAAAUAUUUUUAAUACAAUAAUAUAGUUUUAAUUUCAUAUGAUUUAUUUCAUUAAGUAUAAUAAUUGCUUGACAAAGAAUUAAUUAUAAUGUAUUUACCUGUUUGCUAUGCGUGAAAUUUGUAGGUACGAUCCAUAUGAAAAAAAGUUGACUCGAGAAUACUAUGAUCAUGAUGUCAUGAAAAAAACACGGCAAAAGGCAAUUGAAAAAGGUAAAAGUGCCAAUACAUUUGGUUUGAUUCUAGGUACUCUAGGCAGACAAGGAAGUACUAAAGUUCUGAAUUAUUUUCAUGUAAGUUUGAUUUAAAAUAUUCACUAUUAUAUAUAGUUAUAUUCAUGACAAGUUUACUUUACCAGACAUACUUUUUUUUUCUCAAAAUAUGUGUGUUUGUAUGCUGAACGAAAAAUGUUUGAAUUUCUUUAUGAAAACCAUUAUUAAAGAAUUUAUGGCAAAAAAACUGAAUUUUUUUAAGUCUGUAGUUUUUUAGUGAUGGUAAUGAUGUGAUGCAAUCAGAAUUUUCAGAAACUAUUAUUUUAAAUACUACAGCAAUUUUAUAACUUUAAGUAUAUCAAUAUACAUUAUACAUAAUACGUGGAACAAAGAAUUAUAGGUGCAGGGACACUGUGAGUAUUGCUACAUGAGCUCUUCAUAGGAGAGGGGAUCACUACCCGUGGUCUUAAUUUGAUACUACUGUUAGAAGAAUAGUGUCCUAAAUGUAAAUCUAAACCUCACUAUGCGAGGCUAGGCCUUUGGUUAAGUUAGGUUCAGUUAGGUUCAGUUAGGUCAGUAUAGUCACCAAAAUAUUGAUGUAUUAAAUACUUCAAAUUGCCAUAACUUUUCCAUGGAAAGUCUCCCACACUUAAAAUUAUUGUUCUAAAUUUUAUAUACUGACAUACCUUAUGUUUGAAAAUAAUUGAAACUUCUAAAAAUUGUUUUCAGAAAAAUUCUGAUUGCACCAAUCAGGUAUACAAAAACAUUUAUAUUUUGAAGAAAACAAAUUUCAAAAAAAAAGGGUGCUCGAUUAAAUAGAAAUAAUUUAGAUUCACUACAUUAUACUGUAUAUAAUUUGAUUUUCAGAAUCAAAUGAAGUCGCAUUUAAAAAAUUCAGUGACUAUUCUUUUGUCAGAAAUAUUUCCAUCAAAAUUAUCAUCUUUUGGAGAUACAGUGGAUGCUUGGAUACAAAUUGCAUGCCCUCGACUGUCUAUUGAUUGGGGCACAGCAUUUGAAAAACCAUUUUUAUCGCCAUAUGAAGGUGCUGUAGUUUUGAAUCAAAUAGAAUUCAAUGACAAAGAAAAUUAUCCAAUGGACUAUUAUAGUAAUAACAGUCUAGGUGCUUGGACACCAAAUUAUCGACCAAUUAAUGGUUGUUGUGGAAAAGGAUGUGCAAAUGGUCCGAAGAGUGAUACACAAAAGUUGAGUUGUUCCAGUAAUCGGUGA